AUGCACAAGGAACUAACCCAAAACGGGGGAGCUGCUCAAGUGAAUUUAAUCUUAUUUAGUUAAUUUCAAAACAUUUCAGAUCACAUUUUGAGCAUUUUGAGGAUAUUAUAUUAAGCUGGCCUCUCUGAUGUGAGGUCCAACGAGUUGGUCCUACUCCAUAAGGACCUACUUUGAAUAAGCAGUCCCAUGUCGAUUUCAUGCUAGCGAGCUGGCCCAAUCUUGGGCAGAGGCAUCUGCUUGGCCAACUAACAUAACCUAAUUUCGCCGGUUGGUUCCUCCACAUAAUGAUGGGAAUAUUAGAUUUCAUAUUCGCCGUCUUUGAAGAAAGGCUUCAAAUUCACUGCUGUGAAUCAGUGUGCGCGCGCACGGACGCACGCACACACACUCACACCUAAACAAUCUGCACUUUCAGAGCCCUUGCAAUAUCUCCCAUUGCCUUUGAGAGCUGAGAACUAUACAGCACCUCAGUGAAAGGUCUGGCCCACACUUUUAAAUUAGAGGGCUGGUUAGGUCUGCUUCAUUGCUGUUGGAAAUCAAUGGCCGUGAAGGACAGCCUCAUGGAUCAAAUCAAAUGUUAUUUGUCACAUGCUUCGUAAACAACAGGUGUAGACUAACAGUGAAAUGAUUAGGGGCCCUUCCCAAAAAUGCAGAGAGAAAGAAAAUGGAGAAAUAAUAUUAAAGUAAUAACACGUAAUAAUAAAAGUAAUAAUAAAUACACAAUGAGUAACGAUAAUUUGGCUAUAUACAUGGGGUACCAGUACCGAGUCGAUGUGCAGGGGUACGAGGUAAUUGAGAUAGAUAUGUACAUAUAACUGGGAAUAGAGUUACUAGGCAACAGGAUAGAUAAUAAACAGUAGCAGCAGUGUAUGUGCUGAGUGAAAAAAAAGGGUCAAUGUAGAUAGUCUGGGUAGCUGUUUGGUUAACUAUUUAACCAACUAUUUAGCAGUCUUAUGGCUUGGGGGUAGAAGCUGUUCAGGGUCCUGUUGGUUCCAGACUUCAGUGCAUCAGUAACGCUUGCCGUGCGGUAGCAGAGAGAACAGUCUAUGACAGGUGUCUGGAGUCUUUGACCAUUUUUAGGGCCUUCCUCUGACACUGUCUGGUAUAGAGGUCCUGGAUGGCAUGGAGCUCGGCCCCAGUGAUGUACUGGGCUGUAUAAACUACCCUCUGUAGCGCCUUGCGGUCGGAUGCCAAGCAUUUGCCAUACCAAGAGGUGAUGCAGCCAGUCAAGGUGCUUUCAAUGGUGCAGCUGUAGAACUUUUUGAGGAUCUGAGGGCCCAUGCCAAAUCUUUUCAGCCUUCUGAGGGUGAAGAGGCGUUGUCGUCACCUCUUCCCGAUUUUGUUGGUGUGUGUGGACCAUGAUAGAUCCUUAGUGAUGUGGACACCGAGGAACAUGAAGCUCUCGACCCGCUCCACUACAGCCCAAUUAAUGUGAAUGGGGGUGUGCUCGGCCCUCUGUUUACUGUAGUCCACGAUCAGCUCCUUUAUUUUGCUGACUGCCAGGUCUCUGACUUCUUCCUAGGCUGUGUCAUCGUCGUUGGUGAUCAAGCCUACCACAUUGUGUCGUCAGCAAACUUAAUGAUGGUGUUGGAGUCGUGCGCGUUCACGCAGUCCUGGGUGAACAGGGAGUACUAAGCACGCACACCUGAGGGGUAGGGCUGUUGCGGUGACCUUUGAGUCACGGUAAUCUCCUUUUAUGCACUCUGGACAUGCUUUGGUAGUACCCAACUUGCUAACAACCAUCAGGUCCUAAUGAACUGGCACUCAGGUCUCUAUUGUCCCUCUAACCACUCUGACAUCAAUGCAAGUGCAAUCGAAAAUCACAUCAAACACAUAUAAUCAAAAAAGUAGGCCUAUAGUACUUUUAAAACUCACCUCACUGUGAUGAUCAAUUUGAAGAAAGAAGUUCAACAGCAGGUUAAAGUGCAAAACAUGGUUGUUGUGGAUGUUGUUUCAAAGCCUAACAUAAAGAGCAAAACAGGGUUGUUGUGGAUGUUGCUUCAAAGCCUAACAUAAAGAAAUGGACAGCGCUUUCUAAGGUGAUGAUUAAUUCAAAACACCCAUAAGCAUAUUAGAGCAUAUGCAUGAGCUUAUGAGUUCCCCCCGUGCUGUUAUAAAAUACAUACUGUAGCCUACCGCAUAUAUGAUGGCAGAAAAACAUAUAACAAAACUGAUUAAAGAUGUCUUUGGUACAUAAUUGGUCUAGCCUAUAUUCAAAAAUUAAACAAAUUCAAUAAAUAAUCUUUGAGUGUGGACUGGAUGGACUGGUUACCUUACGAUACGCUCCCAAAUGUAUAUCCAUGAGUUUGGGAGAGUAAGUAUAGCCCUAGGCGAUGCUGUUGGUUCAUUGAUUGUCCAGGGCGGCUUACAGUUAGCCGGGGCAGCGAGAGCAUGCUCCUCAAACAGUGAUUGAUGCAUGGAGUGAAAUAAGUGUUCUUCUAUGUAUUUCUCAGCUGGUCAUAUUAAGCACAUCUCCGCCAUAAAACCGAAGUAGCCUACAAAACGGACCGGUGGGAAACCGUGCGGCUCCAUUCGCUAUUCGAGAGAAUACAGAUGCCAUGUCUUGUUUCCCCUGCCCCGGUUCCUGCCCAAUUGAUAAUGGGCCCUUCUAAAUCGAAACUAAUUUUACAUACAGUGGGGGAAAAAAGUAUUUAGUCAGCCACCAAUUGUGCAAGUUCUCCCACUUAAAAAGAUGAGAGAGGCCUGUAAUUUUCAUCAUAGGUACACGUCCACUAUGACAGACAAAAUGAGUGAAAAAAAAUCCAGAAAAUCACAUUGUUGGAUUUUUAAAGAAUUUAUUUGCAAAUUAUGGUGGAAAAUAAGUAUUUGGUCAAUAACAAAAGUCUCUCAAUACUUUGUUAUAUACCCUUUGUUGGCAAUGACACAGGUCAAACGUUUUCUGUAAGUCUUCACAAGGUUUUCACACACUGUUGCUGGUAUUUUGGCCCAUUCCUCCAUGCAGAUCUCCUCUAGAGCAGUGAUGUUAUGGGGCUGUCACUGGGCAACACGGACUUUCAACUCCCUCCAAAGAUUUUCUAUGGGGUUGAGAUCUGGAGACUGGCUAGGCCACUCCAGGACCUUGAAAUGCUUCUUACGAAGCCACUCCUUCGUUGCCCGGGCGGUGUGUUUGGGAUCAUUGUCAUGCUGAAAGACCCAGCCACGUUUCAUCUUCAAUGCCCUUGCUGAUGGAAGGAGGUUUUCACUCAAAAUCUCACGAUACAUGGCCCCAUUCAUUCUUUCCUUUACACGGAUCAGUCGUCCUGGUCCCUUUGCAGAAAAACAGCCCCAAAGCAUGAUGUUUCCACCCCCAUGCUUCACAGUAGGUAUGGUGUUCUUUGGAUGCAACUCAGCAUUCGUUGUCCUCCAAACACGACAAGUUGAGUUUUUACCAAAAAGUUAUAUUUUGGUUUCAUCUGACCAUAUGACAUUCUCCCAAUCCUCUUCUGGAUCAUCCAAAUGCACUCUAGCAAACUUCAGACGGGCCUGGACAUGUACUGGCUUAAGCAGGGGGACACGUCUCGCACUGCAGGAUUUGAGUCCCUGGCGGCAUAGUGUGUUACUGAUGGUAGGCUUUGUUACUUUGGUCCCAGCUCUCUGCAGGUCAUUCACUAGGUCCCCCCGUGUGGUUCUGGGAUUUUUGCUCACCGUUCUUGUGAUCAUUUUGACCCCACGGGGUGAGAUCUUGCGUGGAGCCCCAGAUCAUUACACUAAGCAGCUGACAAAAUGUCAUGACCGCCACAGCCCUACUGAGGGGUCCCCACGUUGAGGGUCAGCCCUACUGAGGGGUCCCCACAUUGAGAGUCAGCGUGGUGAAUGUGUCGUUAUCUACCCUCACCACCUGGGGGCAGCCCAUCAGGAAGUCCAGAAUCCAGUUGCAGAGGGAGGUGUUCAGUCCCAGGGUCCUUAGCUUAGUGAUGAGCUUGGAGGCCACUAUGGUGUUGAACGCUGAGCUGUCCUGGUAAUCCAUCUGGCCCUGCGGCCUUGUGAAUGUUAACCUGUUUAAAGGUCUUACUCACAUCGGCUAACAUGAAGGAGAGCAUGAUCACACAGUCGUCCGGAACAGCUGGUGCUCUCAUGCGUGGUUCAGUGUUGCUUGCCUCGAAGCGAGAAUAGAAGCAAGCAUAGUUUGCAAGCCCUGCCACAUCCGACGAGCGUCAGAGCCGGAGUAGUAGGAUUCGGCCUAAGUUCUGUAUUGACGCUUUGCCUGUUUGAUGGCUCGUCGGAGGUCGUAGCAAGAUUUCUUAUAAGCGUCCGGAUUAUUGUCCUGCUCCUUGAGAGUGGCAGCUCUAGCCUUUAGCUCAGUGCGGAUGUUGCCUGUAAUCCAUGGCUUCUGGUUGGGAUAUGUAAGUAUGUCACUGUGGAGACGACAUCGUCGAUGCACUUAUUAAUGAAGCCGGUGACUGAUGUGGUAAACUCCUCAUUGCCAUCGGAUGAAUCCCGGAACAUAUUCCAAUCUGUGCUAGAGAAACAGUCCUGUAGCUUAGCAUCCGCUUCAUCGGACCAUUUCCAAAUUGAGCUGGUACUUCCUGUUUUGAAUUUUUGAUUGUAAGCAGGAAUCAGGAGGAUAGAGUUGGAGGGUGAGUGCGAGCUUUGUAUGCGUUUCUGUGUGUGGAGUAAAGGUGAUCAAGAGUUGUCUCCUCUAGUUGCACAGGUGACAUGCUGGUAGAAAUUAGGUAAAACGGAUUUCAGUUUCCCUGCUUUAAAAUCAAUGGGCACUAGGAGCACUGCCUCUGGAUGCGCAUUUACUUGUUUGCUUAUGGCCCUAUACAUCUCGUUGAGUGCGGUGUUAGUGCCAGCAUCAGUUUGUGGUGGUAAAUAGACAACUACGAUAAAUAUAGAUGAAAACUCUCUUGGUAAAUAGUAUGGUCUACAGUUUAUCAUGAGGUAUUCUAACUCAGGCGAGCAGAACCAUGAGACUUUCUUAAUAUUAAAGCUGUUGUUAACAAAGAGACACUCACCUCCCCCCUUGAGCUUACCCGAUGCUGCCGUUUGAUCCUGCCGAUGCAUAGGAAAACCAGCUAGAUGUAUAUUAUCCAUGCUCUCGUUCAGACCACGACUCGCGAAACAUAGGAUAUUACAGUUCUUCAGGUCCCGUUGAUAGGAUAGUCUCGAACGGAGCUCGUCCAGUUUGUUCUCCAGUGAUUGUAUGUUCGCCAAUUGAACGGAGGAUAGAGGCAGAUUAUUUAUUUGCCGACUUCGUUUCGUAAGGGUGCCCGCACGCCGGCCUCUCUUACACCGUCUUUUCCUUUCAUUUCAAAGUCUCUGAGAUUAGGGCCUGGUCCGGGGUGAGCAGUAUGUAGUAUGAAGUAGAAAUCUUCAUCCAAAUUUAUGUUAAUGAUCGCUGUUCUGAUGUCCUUUUCGGUCAUAGGAAACGAUGGCAGAAAUAUUACUUACAAAAAAGUUACGAUCAGCACAAAAAAACACACAAUAGCAGAAUUGGUCAGAAUCCUGUAAAACGGCAGCUAUCCAUUGCGGUGCCAUUCUAACGCCAUCAUGUUAACUUCAAAGGAAAUGACAAACAAGGCAAACAUGGGAUAAUGUUCACUUCGAUGAAAAAACAAACAAGAUAAAGAAGAUGAGGGGUCAGGUUUCUGGGAGCAGUGGCUGGAUAUGAAAUGCUCCUUUGCGAUUGCUGCAGAGCAGGAAAUGUGUGCAUUGAGAGGUGAUAAAUGAUAGAUCUAUUGAUGCUGUUGUGGCAUCUACUCAUCACUGGUAUCAUGGGCCCUCCUGCGGAAUGUCUAAAAGCUGAAUUCUGCAUGCCCUAUUCUACUUUAUGUGAAGCAAUCACACUUACCUGUUGUAUAGUACAUUGGGAUCUCUCUUUGCAAAGUAAUAACAACCUAUAUGGAUGCAUUACUUACCCUUCCAGGAUAAAACAGUAGGAAUCCAGCAUACACUCAAGUGUGAUAUAAUUUACUUGUGUCUGUAUGAGCACUCCCACUGUUGAGUCUGCAUGCAUUUUGUUCAAACACCCCAUAGGUAAACGUUGGUUUUAAGGCUAGAGUGUUGUGUCUGUGUUGUUGUCUUUGACCCCCGAUGAACUCCUGUAUUGGCCCUGUUCGACAUAGUCUGAGCGAGUGUCUGUGUUCUCGUUCCCAGGCAUCGUGUCCCUCAUCACCCUGGCUGUGCUCUCCUACGAGCGCUACAGCACCAUGAUGGGCCCAACCGAGGCUGACUCCACCAACUACCGGAAGGUAGCCUUGGGCAUCGCUUUCUCCUGGGUCUACUCCUUGAUGUGGACCCUGCCGCCGCUCUUCGGCUGGAGCCGCUACGGCCCCGAGGGGCCCGGUACCACCUGUUCCGUGGACUGGAAGGCCAAGAGCGCCAACAAUGUCUCGUACAUCCUUUGCCUCUUUGUUUUCUGCCUCAUCAUCCCCUUCCUGGUCAUAGUCUACUGCUAUGGUAAGCUGUUGUAUGCAAUCAAACAGGUGAGUAGGACAACUUCACUUGUUUUCUAGAAUUCAUUCAUGUUGAUUUUCAUUACAGUAGCUAUUGCACACAUAACUCUGUUACAGUGCACACUACGAAAUGCAUGGACUACUGUUCCUUAGCAGUGCUGAGUUGCAGUUACAGAGACAUGUUAUGACCAUUGUGGCCCGCUCCGACCUCCCCAUCCUUACUAAUAACAACAUACACUAUGGGGUAUUUUUGCAGCUACUUUAUUGUUGCAGUAAAUGCACUACCUGUUGUAAGAACACACGUGGAAAUGACUAGAGAUUCAUGCAUUAAAAUAUUUUUCUGCCAUUGUCCAAGUUCAGCAGUUAAAUACGAUACAGUAUAUGGAAUAAACCACAAUUGUGUCUAGAGUGCAGCAAUGAUGUACACUACCGUUCAAAUGUUUGGGGUCACUUAGAAAUGUCCUUGUUUUCCAUGAAAACAUACAUGAAAUGAGUUUGAAUAGGAAAUAUAGCAAAAUGAUUAGGAAAUGUAGUCAUUGACAAGGUUGGAAAUAAUGAUUUUUAAUUGAAAUAAUAAUUGUGUCCUUCAAACUUUGCUUUCGUCAAAGAAUCCUCAAUUUGCAGCAAUUACAGCCUUGCAGACCUUUGGCAUUCUAGUUGUCAAUUUGUUGAGGUAAUCUGAAGAGAUUUCACCCCAUGCUUCCUGAAGCACCUCCCACAAGUUGGAUUGACUUGAUGGGAACUUCUUAUGUACCAUACGGUAAAGCUGCUCCCACAACAGUUCAACGGGGUUGAGAUCCGAUGACUGUGCUGGCCACUCCAUUAUAGACAGAAUACCAGCUAACUGCUUCUUCCCUAAAUAAUUAUUGCAUAGUUUGGAGCUGUGCUUUGGGUCUUUGUCCUGUUGUAGGAGGAAAUUGGCUCCAAUCAAGUGCCGUCCACAGGGUAUGGCAUACCGUUGCAAAAUGGAGAGAUAGCCUUCCUUCUUCAAGAUCCCUUUUACCCUGUACAAAUCUCCCACUUUACCACAAUCAAAGCACCCCCAGACCAUCACAUUGCCUCCACCAUUCUUGACAGAUGGCGUCAAGCACUCCUCCAGCAUAUUUUCAUUUGGUCUGCAUCUCACAAAUGUUCUUCUUUGUGAUCCGAACACCUCAAACAUCGAUUCAUCUGUCCAUAACACUUUUUUCCAAUCUUCCUCUGUCCAGUGUCUGUGUUAUUUUGCCCAUCUUAAUCUUUUCUUUUUAUUGGCCAGUCUGAGAUAUGGCUUUUUCUAUGCAACUCUGCCUUGAAGGUCAGCAUCCCGGAGUCGCCUCUUCACUGUUGACGUUGAGACUGGUGUUUUGCGGGUACUAUUUAAUGAAGCUGCCAGUUGAGGACCUGUGAGGCACCUGUUUCUCAAACUAGACACUCUAAUGUAUUUGUCCUCUUGCUCAGUUGUGCACCGGGGCCUCCCACUCCUCUUUCUAUUCUGGUUAGAGCCAGUUUGCGCUGUUCUGUGAAGGGAGUAGUACACAGCGUUGUACGAGAUCUUCAGUUUCUUGGCAAUUUCUCGCACGGAAUAGCCUUAAUUUCUCAGAACAAGAAUAGACUGACGAGUUUCAGAAGAAAGUUAUUUGUUUCUGGCCAUUUUGAGCCUGGAAUCGAACCCACAAUUCUCAAGAAGGCCAGUUUUAUUGCUUCUUUAAUCAGCACAACAGUUUUCAGCUGUGCUAACAUAAUUGCAAAAGGGUUUUCUAAUGAUCAAUUAGCCUUUUAAAAUUAUAAACUUGGAUUAGCAAACACAACGUGCCAUUGGAACACAGGACUGAUGGUUGCUGAUACGCCUAUGUAGAUAUUCCAUUAAAAAUCAGCCGUUUCCAGCUACAAUAGCCAUUUACAACAUUAACAAUGUCUACACUGUAUUUCUGAUCAAUUUGAUGUUAUUUUAAUGAACAAAAAAAAUUGCUUUUCUUUCGAAAACAAGGACAUUUCUAAGUGACCCCAAACUUUUGAAUGCUAGUGUAUGUUAUGGUACUUCCAACUUGUCUCACAUUUGUAAAAAAACAAGCAAGAUUUCUGGCUCUCACAGACCUGUAACUUCUUCUUUAAGAGGCUCCUCUGUCCUCCACUCAUUACCUGUAUUAAUGGCACCUGUUUGAACUUGUUAUCAGUAUAAAAGACACCUGUCCACAACCUCAAACAGUCACUGUCCAAACUCCACUAUGGCCAAGACCAAAGAGCUGUCAAAGGACACCAGAAACAAAAUUGUAGACCUGCACCAGGCUGGGAAGACUGAAUCUGCAAUAGGUAAGCAGCUUGGUUUGAAGAAAUCAACUGUGGGAGCAAUUAUUAGGAAAUGGAAGACAUACAAGACCACUGAUAAUCUCCCUCGAUCUGGGGCCCCACGCAAGAUCUCACCCCUUGGGGUCAAAAUGAUCACAAGAACGGUGAGCAAAAAUCCCAGAACCACACGGGGGGACCUAGUGAAUGACCUGCAGAGAGCUGGGACCAAAGUAACAAAGCCUACCAUCAGUAACACACUACGCCGCCAGGGACUCAAAUCCUGCAGUGCAAGACGUGUCCCCCUGCUUAAGCCAGUACAUGUCCAGGCCCGUCUGAAGUGCAUUUGGAUGAUCCAGAAGAGGAUUGGGAGAAUGUCAUAUGGUCAGAUGAAACCAAAAUAUAACUUUUUGGUAAAAACUCAACUCGUCAUGUUUGGAGGACAAAGAAUGCUGAGUUGCAUCCAAAGAACACCAUACCUACUGUGAAGCAUGGGGGUGGAAACAUCAUGCUUUGGGGCUGUUUUUCUGCAAAGGGACCAGGACGACUGAUCCGUGUAAAGGAAAGAAUGAAUGGGGCCAUGUAUCGUGAGAUUUUGAGUGAAAACCUCCUUCCAUCAGCAAGGGCAUUGAAGAUGAAAUGUGGCUGAGUCUUUCAGCAUGACAAUGAUCCCAAACACACCGCCCGGGCAACGAAGGAGUGGCUUCGUAAGAAGCAUUUCAAGGUCCUGGAGUGGCCUAGCCAGUCUCCAGAUCUCAACCCCAUAGAAAAUCUUUGGAGGGAGUUGAAAGUCUGUGUUGCCCAGCGACAGCCUCAAAACAUCACUGCUCUAGAGGAGAUCUGCAUGGAGGAAUGGGCCAAAAUACCAGAAACAGUGUGUGAAAACCUUGUGAAGACUUACAGAAAACGUUUGACCUGUGUCAUUGCCAACAAAGGGUAUAUAACAAAGUAUUGAGAAACUUUUGUUAUUGACCAAAUACUUAUUUUCCACCAUCAUUUGCAAAUAAAUUCAUUAAAAAUCCUACAAUGUGAUUUUCUGGAUUAUUUUUUCUCAUUUUGCCUGUCAUAGUUGACGUGUACCUAUGAUGAAAAUUACAGGCCUCUCUCAUCUUUUUAAGUGGGAGAACUUGCACAAUUGGUGGCUGACUAAAUACUUUUUUUCCCCACUGUAUGUUCUUAACUGCAUUAUUACCCCAGUAAAUCACCAUGAACUAUGGCAACUUUUGUUUUCGCUUCCACCCUCAUCUCUGACUAUGAGCAGACAAGCUGUAAAGGCAGUGUUGUCUCACACUGAGAGAGAGAGACCUCCCGGGAAUCUCGCCCCCUGCUCUGAUUUCUGAAAGCCAGUCUCAGAGCAAUCUUUCCAGGAUUACAGCUCACUCAACUCUAAGUGCAUCAUACCUUAAAUGAUAAACACUCAGCGGUUCGUCAACAACCAUGAGGAGCGACAUGCCGCCAUGAAUAAUAACCAAAGUUUCCAUUAUUUUAAUAAGCAGAUCCCUCCUUUCUUAAUUUUCUUAUUUUUCCUUCUGAAGACGCAUAG